UGAAAAUGAGUUGAAAAAUGGCAUUUAUGCUCAGUUUGUGUCUUUUUUUUUCUUGUGAUCAAAUGUGCUUAUUUAUGUGUAUUACACUACAUGUUUAUGCGAUUACCACUACAAACAACAGACUUUUACUCACACCAGAGUACACAGCUGGUGCAAGACGUCACACGUUUGAUGCUCAGACCUGCACUCCUCCAAACUCAAAGCUCAGGCUGGAUGCUGCGCUCUUUCCCCGCCUACUACAUGUAAUGAGCUCCUUGGUCAGACAGGCUACGUCCUCACAGAGAGCCCGCACCAGGAUGGGUGCUCUCCCGGCGCAAAGGAUACUGUGGAUGUGUGUUUUGAUCUUCAUAGGAAUAACAGCAGUUUGCGGUUCAAACGUCUGCACCUCCAGAGGGGCCAGCACAUGCAAGCAAUGUCUGGCUGUGCACCCCAACUGUGCGUGGUGCUUCCAAGAGGAUUUCGGUCAUGGGGUUGCUAGCUCGUCCCGUUGUGAUCUGAAGAGUAACCUGGUGGCAGCGGGCUGUGCUCUGUCAGAUCUGGAGUCUCCAACCAGCAAAAUGCAGGUGAUCGAGGAUCGGCCCCUCAGCAACAAAGCAGCGGGGGCCACACAGGAUGUCACCCAGAUCAAGCCCCAGAAACUCCACAUCACCCUCAGGCCAGAUGAUGCCAAGCAGUUCACAGUGAAAGUGCGUCAGGUUGAGGACUACCCUGUGGAUCUCUACUACCUCAUGGACCUCUCUUACUCCAUGAAUGAUGACCUCUUCCGUCUGAGGACGCUGGGAAAGGGCCUGGCUGAGGCCAUGAACCGCACCACCAGCAACCUGCGCAUGGGCUUUGGCGCUUUUGUUGACAAGCCACUUUCACCUUACAUGUACAUCUCCCCCAAAGAGGCUGUGAAGAACCCUUGCUACAGCAUAAACACCACCUGUCUGCCCCAGUUUGGCUACAAGCACGUUCUGUCUCUGACGGAGAAAGUGGGCCGCUUCACAGAGGAAGUGAAGAAGCAGAUGGUGUCCAGGAACCGAGAUGCCCCAGAGGGAGGCUUUGAUGCCAUCAUCCAGGCUGCUGUGUGCAAGGAGCAGAUCGGCUGGCGCCCUGGUGCAUCCCACCUCCUCAUCUUCACCUCAGAUGCAAAGACUCAUGUGGCUUUAGAUGGUCGCCUGGCUGGAAUCGUGACGCCCAACGACGGACAGUGCCACCUCAACUCUGAGAACAUGUACAGCAUGUCGACUACCAUGGAUUAUCCAUCUCUAGCAUUGAUCACAGAGAAGAUGUCAGAGAACAACAUCAACCUCAUCUUUGCUGUCACCAACCCUGUGGUUCCUCUGUACCAGAACUACAGUGAGCUGAUUCCUGGCACCACAGUAGGAACUCUGUCCAAUGACUCAGGCAAUGUUGUUCAGCUCAUACUGAAGGCCUACGCUAAAAUUCGUUCCAAGGUGGAGCUGGAGCUGCAAGGCGUCCCGGAGGAGCUCUCUCUGUCCUUUAACGCCACCUGUUUGAAUGGAGAGUUCAUCCCUGGCCUCAAGUCCUGCUCUGGACUAAAGAUUGGAGACACGGUCACUUUCAGUGUGGAGGCCAGAGCUCGUGGUUGCCCCAAACAGAAGAAGAAAACCUUCAUCAUCAAGCCUGUGGGCUUCAAGGACGCCCUCUCCAUCACCGUCACCUUCGAGUGCGACUGCAAGUGCCAGACCAAAGCCCAGCCCAACAGCCCAAAGUGUAACCAUGGCAACGGCACCUACGAGUGUGGCAUCUGCUUGUGCCACCCAGGUCGUUUGGGACCACACUGUGAGUGUGCCGAGGGUGACUAUAAUCCCACAGAGCAGGACCGCUGCAGUGGACCAGCGGGCUCCGGAGGGCCCCAGUCUGCGAUUUGCAGCGGCCGCGGGGACUGCGUGUGUGGCCAGUGUGUGUGCCACAGCAGUGACUUUGGCAAAGUCUGGGGCAAACUGUGUGAGUGUGAUGACUUCAACUGCCUGCGCUACAAGGGGGAACUGUGCUCAGGCCAUGGUGUCUGUAACUGUGGCUUCUGCCAGUGUGCACCAGACUGGCAGGGUGAGAACUGUAACUGCUCCAGACGUACUGACACCUGUAUGUCCAACCUGGGUCUACUCUGCAGUGGCAGGGGCCAGUGUGUGUGCGGGGCCUGUGAGUGCACCCAGCCCGGUGCCUACGGGGCCACGUGUGACAAGUGCCCCACCUGUCCUGAUGCCUGCACUAUGAAGAAGGAGUGUGUGGAGUGUAAGCACUUCAAGAGAGGCAAGCUGUUUGUGGACAACACCUGCUCUCGUAUCUGCAAGGAUGAGAUUGAGCUUGUGGAUGAAUUAGUGCUUCAUGAUACAAAUGCUGUGAACUGCACUUACAAGGAUGAGGAUGACUGUGUGGAGCGUUUCCAGUACUACGAGGACGCUAGUGGCAAGUCCAUCUUGUAUGUCGUCAAAGAGCCAGACUGCCCCAAGGGUCCAGACAUUUUGGUGGUGCUUCUGUCAGUGGCAGGAGCCAUCUUGUUUCUAGGCUUGGCGGCUCUGCUUAUCUGGAAGCUGCUGGUUACCAUCCACGACAGACGGGAGUUCGCCAAAUUUGAGGAAGAACGCGCUCGUGCCAAGUGGGACACGGGACACAAUCCUCUCUACAAAGGAGCCACUUCCACCUUCACAAACAUCACGUACAGAGGAAAAGACUGAUGCUACUGAACAAGGAUGAAGAAUGAAGGAUGAAAUAAACUUUUACUGUCCUUUGUGGGAAGGCACAGAAUCAUGUGCAGGUCUCUACUGUCACAAGACAAUAAAUGAUAAUUAAUUAUUAUUUUUGUAAAUAUGUAGAAAUGAUUCUGAGGACAUAUUUUAUCAGGGAUUUGUCAUAAACACCCAUUCAUACUACACUGAGACAUAUGAUAUUGUUUUGAUUUUGUGUGAAUGACUAAGAACUGUUGUGUUGGCAAAAAUAAAGGUUUAGUACACCCAAAUCACAAAACAGCAUAUUUACAUACUUACCCUUGCUGUGUAUAUACUUUUUAUUUUAUUUGCCCCUGUUUUGCAUAUCUCUGAAGUCACCAUAAUCCCGAAUUGGGGGCUAAUGGAACCUAAUUUGCUCAAACCAUCCAAAAAUUGCAUGUGAAAUGGUGGGAAAAUGAUGGAUGGUGGAAAAUAGCAUCAAAAAAACUAUUGGCUGCAAGAUCUGUGGAUUAAUAAAUCUUUCCUUGGCAAAAUAAAACAAAAACUAUAUCCACAUGACUGGAGGCACUGGGGCCAAGUGGGAAAAAAUGACAAAAAAGUGAUUUGGGUUAACUUAUCUUUGAGGUUAGUAGAAGAACUGAAGGGCAAAUAAUCGUAUGCAGAAUGUACAUCAUUUCCUGAUUACAAUGUUGGGAUUUCCUGUUCGCAGUACUCAGUAAGACUAUGGUCAGAUAAACUGUCCUAAAUGUAGUGAUAUUCUACAGAAAGGAUGUGGUUUGGAGUAAAAACUGUUAAUUCACUGAA